GGUUACUUUAGAAAUUUUUGGGCCCUGGGCUUGUGCCCUGCUGGCAAUGGGCCAGGGCCGGCACACCGCCGCCUUGCCUCGCCUCUCUCAGCCUCGAUUACCCUUUCGCCGUCGACAAUCUGUGACUCAACCCUAGUCUCUCGUUUCACUCUCUCUCUCUCUCUCUCUCUCUCUCUCACUCAUCUCAUCAUCUCAGUCUCACAUCUCUCAUUGAUUUGAAGCUUAUCAGUGGAAUCUGAAUCGCCAUCUCCUCCUCCUCAUCAGGGAUUGUUUACUGAGCUUGGAUUGGAGCUGUUGUUGCUGGCUGGCUUUAUAGAGAAGCUAAGGCUGAUCUUUAUUCCAAUGACUUCGAGUUUUGUAUUUGAACCCCCAAGCGAUGAAGAAUAUUUCGAAGAAGAACAAGGUCUCCGUGAUGGAAAUUUUCAAUCCUCAUGGGACUUUGCAUCUUACUUUGAAAUAGUCUCCCAAGAACACGCCUGUGGAAGCACCACCUCCGUCGAUUUCAAGAUCACCAAAGCCCUGCAGCAACAACUAAUCUUACACCAUAGUGCUGCUGACGAAGAUGACGAGGCUAUUAGCUCGGAAUGCGAAUCCGACAAACAAGAAGAUUAUAAACAGCCAGAAUCUGAUGAGGAAGAAGACCAGGAGGAAGGUGAUAAUGAUUGUAAUGCUCCUUCUAAUGGGAAUAAUAAUAAGCCAUUGCUUCGGGCUUGCGAUGAGUUGGACCAUACCAAGCCCACUCCAAUUCAGCCUGAAGACGAAGAGGAAGGCGAUGAUGAUUCUCCUCCUAAUAUUGCCGAUGACAAUAAUCAGCCUUUUUUUGCUCCGUCAGAGGGAAUGUCAUUUCAUGCAAAUUCAUUCAUAGAGUUGAAUUUGUCGCGGCCUUUGCUUCGUGCUUGUGAGAAAUUGGGCCAUACCAAGCCCACUCCAAUUCAGACAGCGUGCAUACCAUUAGCCCUGGCCGGGCGUGACAUAUGUGGGAGUGCCAUUACUGGUUCUGGAAAGACGGCUGCCUUUGCAUUACCAACUUUGGAGAGACUAUUGUUUCGCCCCAAGCGGGUGCCAGCUAUAAGGGUCCUUGUUUUGACCCCAACCAGGGAACUCGGGCUUCAGGUUCUAAGUAUGAUUGAGAAACUUGCCCAGUUUACGGAUAUAAGAUGUUGCCAAGCUGUUGGAGGGCUUCCAUUAAAGGCGCAAGAGGCAGCCCUGAGGUCAAAGCCAGAUAUUGUUGUGGCUACUCCAGGACGCAUUAUAGAUCAUUUACAUAAUUCUAUGUCUGUGGAUUUGGAAGAUCUUGCUGUUCUAAUUCUUGAUGAGGCAGAUCGACUUUUGGAGGUUGGAUUUAGUGCUGAAAUUCGCGAGCUGAUUCGUUUAUGCCCCAAAAGGAGACAGACCAUGCUAUUUUCAGCUACGAUGACUACUGAAGUUGAUGAACUUGUCAAGCUUUCUCUUUCCAAACCACUACGUCUCUCAGCCGACCCAUCUGCUAAACGGCCAGUGGCACUAACCGAGGAGGUGGUUAGGAUACGACGAAUGCGUGAAGUAAAUAAGGAAGCAGUUCUACUUGCAUUGUGUUCAAAGACAUUCACUUCUAGAGUGAUAAUAUUCAGUGGCACAAAACUGGCUGCACAUAGGUUGAAGAUUUUAUUUGGGUUAGCUGGCUUUAAAGCGGCUGAGCUUCAUGGAAAUCUUUCUCAAGACCAGCGUCUACAUGCGUUGGAACUUUUCAGGAAGCAGAACGUUGAUUUUUUGAUUGCAACUGAUUUGGUUUCCCGGGGCAUUGACAUUGCUGGUGUUCAGACAGUUAUCAACUAUGAAUGUCCUACUGAUCUUACAAGCUAUGUCCAUCGUGUGGGUCGUACAGCAAGGGCUGGUAGAGAAGGAUAUGCUGUUACUUUUGUGACAGAUAAUGACCGAUCUCUUUUGAAAACCAUUGCAAAAAGAGCUGGUUCAAAACUGAAGAGUCGAAUUGUUGCCGAACAAUCAAUUAUUAAGUGGUCCCAGAUAAUUGAGCAAAUGGAAGAUCAAGUGGCUGCAAUUCUGCUAGAAGAAAGGGAAGAACAAGCAUUGAGAAAAGCUGAAAUGGAAGCAACAAAGGCAGAGAAUAUGAUUGCACACAAAGAUGAAAUUUAUUCACGCCGCAAGAAGACCUGGUUUCAGACAGAAAAGGAAAAGAAGAUGGUAGUGAAUGCAGCUAAGGCAUCCCUUGGAAGAGAAAAGCAUUCUGGAAAUGAGGUAAUCAGUGCCCAACAAGCCGAAGACUUAAAAAUGAAAGUAAAGAGGAAGCAGGAGCGUGAGAAAAAUUUGCCUCGCAAGAUGCGCCGGGAAUUGGAAGCAGCUAGAGAAAUGUUAAGAGGAUGAAAAUCAAAUGGAAAGUUAAAAGUUAAAAUUACCCAUGCCACCUCAGCCAACUUAAUGAUUCUUUCCACAAAAUAGACAGUGGGGUAACGUGACUCACGGAAAUAAAGCUCAGGAGGUAUACAAGGUCAUCUUAAAGUUCAGGGGCAAACUGAGACAAAAUUGAAAGCACAUGAGGCAUUUCAAUUUUUUUUUUAUUGCGGUCUAUUAGUAUAAAUUAAUACUAACCCCCGUUUUCAAGGAUUUUUCUCAGAUAUAUCUUUCCCUCUUUUUAUGUUUUCAUCACUCAGUCUUGAGUCUUCUUUAACUUCCAGUUGAAAACACCUCUCUCUCUCUCUCUCUCUCUCUCUCUCUCUCUCUCUCUCUCUCUCUCGUCCUAAACCGGCCGAACUCGAAUUUUAUAGAUUGUAAUCAAAAUAUCUUAUUCGAUAUGCAUAUGGUAUGAUAAUUUGUACUCAAUGUCACUUUUCAGUUUCAGUUU